AUGUCUUCCCAACAAGAUCUCCACAGGGAUGCGAUGCAGCAAGGCCUGAACAGCCAGGCAAAAAAGGGCCACAAGUCCACCACGGACAAUCAAGACGCCAUGAGCGAAGGGCUGAAGCAGAAGUCGUCGUCGCCUGGCGGAGGAGAUGCGUUCUACGGAAAGCAGGCGGAUGAGGAGAUCAAGAGACCUGCGGGUGCUCGGACGGGCGGGUAG